AAUGAAAGGCAGCCUAUAGCUUAUUUUUUUGUGAACAAAAUGUGCCAUUCCCACUUCGACCUGUGAAAGGCAGUAAUACUUAACACCGCGUCUAGUCUGACGGAAAACCACACACAAAAAAAGUAAACAGUGAUCAAGAACAGUUUCCAGGGUAGCGUUGUUGUUUGGGGAUUUAUUAACACCCUGGAACUCAAAAUAUAACUAAUUUAACGGCACAAUAUCACACACUUACCACAUGUGGUAUUUAAAUCUCAUUGGAGACAAGACGUUGUCAAUAGACGUUAUUUAGGUAACGCUAGCUAGCUAGAUACUAACGUUAGCUAACUGUAUGGUUUUUCACACUGAAGUAGCCUCCAUCAUGGAGGUUCUAGCGAAUGCAGCCGUGGCUGAGAUCUGUAAACUCGUAGACGACGACUAUGCAGUGUUUCGUUUGGAAAUAACUCAAAGCCAGAAAGAAAACAUGACAUUGCGGAGGAAACUACAGCUACUGGAACUGAGUGUCACGGGAGCUCGGCCUCGCCAGUCGUCCCAGUAGUGUCAAGAUCCUCGACCGAUACAGAGGAAUGGCAAGAGGUGAAGGACAUCUCACUGGAGGCCAUAGGAGCUUUGUGAAUCCAGCGGGACACAAUACAUGGAGGGAUGACCAACCAAUCACUGUUGAUGAGGGGAGUGGAUCCUCAACCCAGCACGUUAUCAUGAUAGAGUCUGCAGAUGCAGAGGCUGCAGGUCCUGGAGUCAAGCAUGAGAGUUCUGAAGGAGAGGAGGACCCACGGCACAGCAAAGACAUUCAUACUGGAGCAGCUGGCGCACCCCCUGUAGCCAUGGAGGACCCCGCCACUCUCCCAGUGCAGCCCAGGACCCGACGCAGAAUCACGGAGGAAGAGGAGGGUCCAGAGGUGCUGCUGGUGAAGGAGGAGAGGUGUGAGGAAUGUCUGGGGAACCCUGAGAGGACCAUGGUCAUGGAGGACAACCAGACUACACCUCCUCCUGAACCCACAGAGGAACCAGCUGAGCAGCACAGGACCACACACAGUAUCACUGAGUCAGUAGACAUGGAGGAUGGGAAGCCUGAUCUGCUGCUAGUCAAAGAGGAGACAAUAGAGGAUGGACCAGAGAACAUUGAUCUGCUGAGUGGACUAAAGAUGGGGGAGCAAGGUGGUUGGCUGGAGGCUAACAGAGGAGACUGGGCGACGAUCUUGGAUUCCAAGACAGGUGCAGUCAAGGGCCCGGUGGACAACAUCACUGAGCAGGCCAGGACCAGAGGUGACAUAGUGGAUGUCAGUGGAAGGGACAGCGUCCUCAACUCUGGGCUGGUGAACAACACUGUUAACCGCGACCAGAAACAGACAGUCGAACACAAAACAACCACCGAUCACAGUCUCCAUGACAACAGACUGGCUGAGACCAGGGUGAGGAUUAGAUUUGGUCUGCGGGGACAGGGACAUGUCCGUAUGCGGCAGGAGAGAACAGACACAGACUCUGCUAGCGAUGCUCCGUCCUGCUCCUAUAGUUGUGAUUCAGAGAGACUGAUGGUGCCUCAGGUUAACCACCUAACAGGUGCUGCCUUCAGCCUGCCUUCUAUAGGAUCUAUCAACUGGAACAUGGACCCUGCAACAACACAGACACUCCCUGGUCUUCAUCCUCCUCACAGUCCUCUAAUGUUAAACCAGACCUCAGACAAUGCCAGUGCCUCAACACUAAAUGGCUACACAAGACCAUUGACAAAUGACAUUAGUAGUGACACUAUCAGCAGAUCUGGUGGCAAAGAGAAGCGCUUCCCGUGUUCGUUCUGUGGGAAAGUCUUCAGUUUCCCCAAACAGGUGGAGAUCCACCAGAGGAUGCACACGGGGGAGAAACCAUUCGGCUGCCACCUGUGCCGGGCCAGUUUCUCCCACUCGUCCAGCCUGAAGAGGCACCAGAGGGUCCACACAGGGGAGAAACCCUACAGCUGUCCGCAGUGUGAGAAGAGGUUCUCUCACCAGCACCAGCUGAAGAGGCACCUGAAGGUUCACACGGGAGAAAGGCCAUUCACCUGUACGCACUGCGGGAAGAGGUUCUCAGAGGGGAGAUACCUCAGGACACACCAGCAGAAAAUGCACACGGCCCAUGUAUAGAGUACAGUGAUAUGUAAUGUAAUACUAGUUUGUUUGUAGUUAAUUCUGUUGGUUUUGGAUGUCGUAGGGAACUACAUGAAGUGAACUGAGGAAAGAAUGAGUGUGAUGAGGCAGAGUAGAUGAUAUGGUGAUGGUUGGUGUGAUGGUGUCUAAAAAUGCUUCACUGAUGAAAAGUGACAACCUUGUCCUGUUGUUUGAUGCUGUUUUUUAUAAUGAGGAACUAUUAGUGCCUUAAUUCAUGUUUACCUAACUAAGUAUUGAACACAUUUAUUUUGGUUAUUGAACUACAGAAGGUAUAGUGGAUUUACAUCCGGUAACGGAAUUACAUCUUGGGUCCCUGAUCUAUAGUAUACAGAAAUGUAUAAUUAUGGCUAUGAAUGUCAUUCGCUUCAUGGUGAUGUAUCCUGAAUAGGUACACAAAGGUAGAGAAAUAUGUAAUAUCCGUAUUUUGCAUAUUUGGGUGUUAUUCUACACACUGGCUAUUAUUGUAAUGAGCUCCACCCCCAAACAAGAUCACAUUUGGUUGGUUAUGACCAGACAAAAUCUUGUUUCACAAGUUUGGACAUCACAGAAGAGGAGCGUACAGGACAGUAGAGUACAUUGUACUGUACUGUUCUCUAAUGUGCUCUACUGUACUCCACUCUACUGUACAAUACUUUACUGUUACAGGCUUUGGUUUUUCCAUUUAUAUUUUGAGGUUGGACUUUAGCACGUUGGGCGCACCGAUUGGUGUCACUUCGUUGGUCAGUAUGUGUUACACCUGUGCUGGCCCAGUGCUCCAGAUGGCUUGAGAGAUGUGGAGGGUUAACACCUUUAGUUGGCUCUCCCUAUUAGAUUUAUAAUAAAAACAAUCCUUUAUUUGAUUUUCA